AUGCCCCUUCCCCCACCCGCAGUGAGCAGCGAUAUCGAUCACCUCCGCCUCUUAGUCAAAGCAGUUCGUCGAGCGCAGCUUUUCGUGGAUCGCGACGUGGUCAUUCACGACAAAGAAGUGACAUGUCACCCUUCAGAGUCGUCGGGCCGGGACGGUCUCGUAGAGAGAGUUUUGGCGGACCUUUACGCCGAAUGUCACCGAUACGCGCCUCCACGCCCAUGCCCUCGCAAGAAAGACCGAGCAGCGAGAACAAACAGUCGGUAUCAGCUAUAUUGUCAGAGGAGCCACCGCCUAGCACACGGUAUCCAGGGCUCCGUCGCCCGAGCGAAGAGCGAGAAAACCGCUACGAGCAGCCGUCACCUGGAGAUUCAAAGCCGCAUCGAAGCAUCGAGGAAACCUCGAAAUCGCGAGAAGAUUCAGGGGAAGGACAAGGCGCUUGAUGGUAGUGCACCCUGGACGCGGUUUUGUCGAUCGGCUCUCACGCUUAUGCGCCACAUCCAGUCAUUUUAUGUCUAA